AUAUAUAUAUACAUACAAAAAGUUGAAGUCGAGUCAAUGUUUUUACAGCUAGCCGCACGGUUGGAGACGGUUGAAGCCUGUGCCUAUAAUCAGUGCUCUGGGAGUUCAGCAAACUCUCUCAAGCCCCAGCGAGUCACAAGAGGAGCUCUCAGUUGUUUCGUUCAUGGCCCUUGCUCUCUGCAGCAACAUCUUUCGGAACCAAGAGCAGCUCCAGCAGCAGAGAAGGGAUCGAGCGACCGCGGAGGGGCUUCAACUCCAGGGGAGUUUGGGGCGAGGGGCGAGCCGUGUCUUGCGUCUGGGAGCCUGCAUUUCUAAGUUCUCCUCCCGGGGACGCGGCUGUUAGACCUCAGAGAGAAGGGGAGGGGAAGACUCGGGAACAAGGUCUUGUGUUAGAGACAGACAGACAAACCCAGGCGAUCAGCAAUGGACCCCGAGGUCCCAGAGAAAGCCCUGCAGCAGCCCGGCGAGUGCUGGCGGUUCUCGGUCCUGUUCCUAUGCUUUUAUGGGUUCAUGGCUCAGAUUAAACCAGCGGAAAGCUUCAUCACUCCUUACUUGCUGGGUCCGGACAAAAACUUCACCAGGGAACAGCUGACCAACGAGAUCACGCCCGUGCUGUCGUACGCCUACAUGUCGGUGCUGGUCCCGGUCUUCCUGCUGACGGACUACUUGCGCUAUAAGCCGGUGCUGAUCCUGCAGAGCCUCAGUCACGUGGCCAUCUGGCUCGUGCUGCUCUUUGGCACCACCGUGCUGCAGAUGCAGUUCAUGGAGUUCUUCUAUGGCAUCACCAUGGCCGCCCGCGUGGCCUACUCCUCCUACAUCUUCACCCUGGUCAGCCCGCAGUCCUACCAGAAGGUGGCGAGCUACUCACGCUCCUCCGUGCUCAUGGGAGUCUUUGUCAGCUCGGUGCUCGGCCAGCUCUUCGUCACCCUGGGCGAUGUGCCCUUCCUCACCUUGAACUACAUCUCGCUCGGCUUUGUCACCUUCGCCUUCACCCUGACCCUCUUCCUGAAGAGGCCCGGGAGGACCAUGUUUUUUAACAGGAGGCAGGCCGUGGCGGCCAAUGGCAUGCUGCGUCCCGACGCCGAGGCGGUCAACGCCACCUCCGUCUCGCUGGUGGCCGAGAAGCAAAGUCCCCCCCGGGGCUGGCAGUGGCAGGAACUGGCACUGGUCAAGAUGAUCCUGGAGCUGAAAGAUACGGUUCGAUCACCACAGUUGAAGCUAUGGUCUCUGUGGUGGAUUUUUAACUCCACCGGUUACUACCUGGUGGUUUACUACGUGCAGAUCCUGUGGGACAACAUUCACCCAUCCAGGGAAAACCGAGGCGUCUACAAUGGAGGUGUGGAUGCUGCCGCAACCCUGCUAGGUGCCAUCGCAUCGUUCUCGGCGGGCCACGUCAAGUUGCGGUGGUCACUGUGGGCGGAGCUGGUGAUUUUUGUCGUCACUGCGCUUCAGGCUGGGCUCCUCUUCCUCAUGAACUCCACCACCAACAUCUGGGUUUGCUACGUGGGCUUCGUCCUGUUCCGGAGCAGCCACCAACUCCUGGUUCCCAUAGCGAUCUUUCAGAUCGCCACGUCGUUGUCCAAGGAGCUCUGCGCGCUGGUGUUUGGUAUCAACACAUUCUUGGCCACCAUCUUGAAAACCAUCAUUACGCUGAUCAUCGCUGACAAACGUGGCCUCGGACUGCACGUGAACAACCAGUUCUAUUUCUACAUUGGCCAUUUCUCACUGUUGGCAAGCAUCUACCUGGGGAGAGGCCUGUAUGUUUUGGCCAGGCACCAGCGGGAGCAGAAGGCCCGAAGCCCACAGAAGGAGGAUGAGACCAACAACGGUUUGGUGACUGAGAUGAACGGGAUGGGAGGCUGCACCCACCCAACCUGCUCGAAGGCCUGAGGGCGAGAUGCAGACCACGAGGGGCAGGGUUGCGGAAGGGCUAGGGAUCUCCUGUUUUUGUUCCUGCCACCCGCCCCACCCCAAACACCCCCCCCCCCCAACACUCAAUCUUACGGUGGGCGGGUGGGGUUGAAAAUGUUUUGAGUGUUUGUUUAAAAUAGUAUGGCAGUGAUCGAAUGCAAUUAAGACAGCAGUAAGGCCAUGUCUCUGAGUGCUGGCCUCUUUGGAAAGUACCCAGAAUGAUCGCAAGACGCAGUGUUCUCUGCAUGACUACAACUAGCUGGACUGUACUGAUGCAGAAGGUCAUGAAGCACUGCCCCCCUCCCCCCCCCCCACCCCAC